CCAACCUUGAGUUUAACCGCCCACUUACUCUAACACCAGUCUACUCCCCAUCACAUCAUGUCCGCAUCGUUGAAAAGACCCGUCCAGAUUCAAGAAUUCAUUCUUGCUGUGCUGGAAUUGGCCGACUUUGAAAUAUACAACAUCAGAUCCCAGCUAACCAGAUCUAUUACUAAAUUGCACGAAUCCAACACCGUUAUGGCGAGGGAGGUGGGGCUAAUUAAGGCGAGGAUCGACGACGACAACGACGACGAGACGCCAUCCGCUGAGCUCACCGAAGACUUACACUUGUACCAAGAGUCGAUCCAGGAGAAUGGAAUUGUAUUGAAGAACCAAGAAGAGAGGAUCGGCUGCUUAGACAAUGAGUUGACUGCAAGAGGCUUGUCCCUCGACGGCAGCACUGUCGAUGCCAGAGAGGGCGUGCCCGUGACUGUGCCCUUGCCAAAAGCUGUAGCGGCUGCCCCAGACACUGACAAUACCAGCGUUUAUCUUUAAUUACCAUUUUAUGCCACCGUAUAUGCCGUUUGUCGCAAAUGCAAUGAAUUGACGCAGCCGGGUAUCACACGUGCCGUCCCCAAUAUAUCGAAACUUGCCGAAUGUGACAAUUCAGGUGUAAGUCUGUAAUUAUACUAGUGACUUUUAAUAUCGCAUUAAAUAUCAUUC